AUGGCAGACACUACUUGGAUUUCGUUUAUCGUUGGUAUUCUGGUAUCCGUAAUUGCUAGUAUAAUGAACGCUGCCGGCCUGAACUUGCUAAACCUAGACCACACAAGAAACUCUCAACAACCGGCGGAGCAUCAACGUAAUGAAUGCGGUCGUCCUUUGUGGCAUGUCGGCUUAUACUUUUACGUCCUCAGUCAGCUGUUUGGAAGCACGAUUGCACUAUACUUUUUGAAAGCGCAAUGGGUCGCUCCGCUCGGGUCGGUUGCACUCAUUUUCAACUUUGUAUUUGCACGAGUGCUGGUCGGCACGCGCAUUACAAAGCAGGAUAUCAUUGGCACUGUUGUCGUUAUAAUCAGCGUAGUAUGGAUCGUAGUGUUUGGUGGACAGGGCUCGGACGAUUCCGAGGAAGACCUUACGCUCGACAAGUUGAAAGGUCUUUUCACUCGAUCUCUCUUUGUUGCAUAUUUUUCCGUACUAGAGAUAAUCACGAUUACAUGGCUUGGUCUCGCUCUUUAUGGCUACUACAUCGUAAAGGAUGACCGGCGUAAGCGACAUCACACCUUCUUUAAUGGAAUACAUACCAUGCGAUUGAAGAAAUUUGUAGGCAUGACGAUGGCUGGAGUGGGUGGGCUGAUAGCCAGUCAGACUUUGCUGUUAGCAAAGAGCGGAGUAAAACUCUUUUACAAUUCUUUGACGAUUGAGAAUCAGUUCACUGAUAGUUUGAGUUGGUUUAUCAUCAUCGGACUGGUGGUCACCGCUGUCCUUCAGAUAUAUUGUCUUAAUACUGCAUUAAAGUUGCACGAUUCUGUGUUGGUUGUCCCCAUCUUUUUCGGUUUCUAUACUGCAAUGGGACUGAUAAAUUCGAUGAUCUAUCUCGACGAAUUAUCCAAAACCCCAGCCUGGGCAAUAUUUGUAGUCAUGCUUGGUAUUGGCACGUUGAUAUACGGUGUAUUAUUGCUGAGUGAGGCCAAAGAAGAUCCAAAGGAUGUUGAAGAACCAGAAGUUACCAAAGACGGCAUUCCUCUGAGUCCUGUAUUGUGGGAUUCGGCUGAUAGAAGGACAGGAGAAUCCAACCGAAAGAAUGACAGCACGGUGAUUGAGAGAGACAGUCUACCACCAUUUACACCAGAUAUCAUCAUUGACAAUCAGAUUCCUGAUAAUAAUCAUUCCUCAUAUACGAGUAGAUUUAACAAUAUGUCAUCAGAUGAUCUGAGCAUUAUGACACUGGACGACGACGAUGAUGGAUAUUCGAUAGCUGAAGCUCGAAGUUAUGAAGAUCUUCUCAGUGCAAAGUAUAGAAGUAACUCGUAG